CGGCGCGGCGGAGCUGUCCGAGGUGCUAGGAUGCUGGUUGCAGCCGGAUUGCAGCGGGAGAGGAGCCCCACAGUCCUGCUGGCACCCGAAGGUAGGCUUGCUCUUUGUUUGAGAAUCCCUGAUUAAUCAGCAGCAGCAUCCACGGACCCGGGCAGCUGGAGAGAGCAAGCCUGCCUGUAGUCACGGGGGAGAGACAGAGACGAUGCCACGAGCCAGACUGUUUCAGACCUUCUAACAUAUUCAAAUGAGGCACCUUAGAAAUCUCUGUGUUAGUGCAUAUGAUGGUGCUGUAAUCGUCUGUGUUGUAAAGUGGGUAAAAAUCAUCCAGUUUCUUCUCUGCUGGACCUCAACGCAGGGUGUUGUUUAUACCCUCCCAUUAUUCGUACCCUCUCCUCUCUGAAUGUGGAUUUAAAGAAGCAAGCACCUGUCUUUUCUUUCCACUUCAUUUUUAAAGCCAAACUUUCCAUGCCAUUUUAAUCGUAUGUUAAGAAGAUCUGUAACAUAAUACAUUGACUUAUAGUAAUGUCGAGUUCUACAAUCUGGGCAAUUCUGCCAACAAGAUUUAAUGCACUUUAACUGAAGAAAAAAACUGAGCCUAACUGAAAAUCUGUUUCUUAUGGUGCUGAAAUAUCCCUUCCGACUGCACUGAGAUAACCACAGGAAAGGGCUUUUACAGGCAAAAGUCACCUUUGAUUAUUGCACUUAGCGGUCCCCGUGGACUUGAAUUUUGGAAACAUUGCUUUCCUUUGUUCAUUAUCUCCUGCAAGAUGAUGAGUUCUAAUCAGGAGGAGGUCACUUUGGGCGCUUUUCUCCAGUAUAUUGAAGAUAUGGGGAUGAAGGCCUAUGAUGGCUUGGUUAUACAGAAUGCAUCAGACAUUGCUCGAGAGAAUGAUCGCAUGAGGAAUGAAACAAACCUGGCUUACUUGAAAGAAAAGAGUGAAAAACGCCGAAAACAAGAAGAAGCAAUAAAACGCAUAGGUGGAGAAGUAGCAAGAGGAAAUGAAGGUAGCUACGUGGGGAAACAUUUCCGCAUGGGAUUUAUGACAAUGCCUGCUCCUCAGGACAGACUGCCACACCCCUGCUCCAGUGGCUUCACUGUCAGAUCCCAGUCUCUUCAUUCAGUUGGAGGAACUGAUGAUGAAAGCAGCAGCUCUCGAAAGCAGCCGCCUCCAAAACCGAAGCGAGACCCCAACACCAAACUGAGCACCUCGUCUGAAACUGUCAACACUGGAACAACAAGCAAAAGUGGGAAACUACCAGACAGGACUGAAGUGUCAGCCAAACCAAGACCUCACAGUGAUGAGUACACAAAGAAGAUUCCACCUCCUAAGCCGAAACGAAACCCAAACACUCAGCUAAGCACAUCUUUUGAUGAAACGUAUAUCAAAAAGCAUGGCCCUAUGAAGGCAACCCUCACUAGGGAUGCCUCGCUCUCGCAGGUCAGCAGUCCUGCUCCAGACACAGAGGAAGAGGAGCCUGUUUAUAUUGAAAUGGUUGGGAAUAUUCUCAGAGACUUCAAAAAAGAUGAGGAUGACCAAAGCGAAGCAGUCUAUGAGGAGAUGAAAUACCCUAUAUUUGAUGAUGUAGGCCAAGACUCAAAAUGUCAAUGUGAAUAUGACCAUCACACUUGUUCUUCUCAGUGUGCUACUCCCACAGUGCCUGACCUAGAUUUCACCAAGUCUCCAGUGCCAUCUACUCCCAAGGGCUUGCUUUGUGACAUACCCCCGCCAUUUCCAAACCUGCUCUCUCACAGACCUCCACUGCUGGUGUUCCCACCAGCGCCCGUGCAGUGUUCCCCGAAUUCUGACGAGUCUCCUCUAACUCCACUAGAGGUCACAAAGCUUCCCGUCCUAGAAAAUGUGUCUUACAUCAAACAGCAAGCUGGAGCUUCUCCAUCUUCACUGCCACCUCAUACACCAGGCCAUCAAAAACUGGAGAAAGAGCAGACAGUAUCUCAUGGAACUAGCACCCCUGGGCACACCUCCUCACCUCCUCAUCCUUCUACCUUAUACAGAACGCAGUCUCCACAUGGUUAUCCUAAAAGUCACUCUGCCUCACCUUCUCCUGUCAGUAUGGGUAGGUCUCUUACCCCCUUAAGCCUCAAAAGACCUCCACCUUAUGACUCUGUACAUUCAGGAAGUCUCUCAAGAAGCUCUCCAUCAGUGCCUCAUUCUACAGCCAGAAACACAUUGCAAGAAGGAGGGAAGAUGGUCAGUGUGUCAGUCAGCACCUACGGGUCAUCAUCUCAGAGCAGCUCCCGCUCCCGGACACCCACCAGUCCUCUGGAGGAGCUAACCAGCCUCUUCACCUCAGGAAGAAGUCUCCUGAGGAAAUCCUCCAGUGGCAGAAGAUCUAAGGAACCUGCAGAAAAACCACUAGAUGAGCUGAAGAUCAGAAGCCACAGCACUGAACCACUACCAAAGCUGGAAAACAAAGAGAGAGGACAUCAUGGGACAGCUUCCUGCAGGGAGCCAGGGAAAGCUCAGGAAUGGGAUGGAACACCAGGCCCCCCCAUGGUGUCCAGCAGGCUGGGGAGAUCCUCUGUCAGCCCAACCAUGCUGGCUGGAGGCAACAGCUCAGAGUCCAAGUCGAGUUGCCGGCUGGGCCGCUCCGCAUCCACGUCAGGAGUGCCUCCAGCGUCGGUGGCGCCGCUCCGGCAGCCCGGCGAGCUCCAGCCGAGCCAGGUGACGUGCAUGCAGUGGUUGCAAGGGGACCAUACGAUGCUGGACAUGAUUGAAAAAAAGCGUUGCCUCUGCAAAGAAAUCAAAGCUCGACAGAAAUCGGAGAAAGGACUCUGCAAACAGGACAGCAUGCCUAUCUUGCCGAGUUGGAAAAAGAAUGCUGGGACCAAGAAAUACAGCCCUCCUCCUUAUUCCAAACAGCAAACUGUUUUCUGGGACACUGCAAUUUGACAGGCCUGUGGAGGAUGCCCUCUCUGCUGUGUGGCACCAAGCACAGGUAGCCUGCUUUCUUUAAAAGGCAAAGGCUCUAAUCUAAGACUUAUCUGCAGGUGGUGGACUUCCUAGGAAAAAAAUGCACCAGUACAGUGCUCACCUGUCAAUCAAGAGAGAGAUUUAAGUUUCUGACUGGAUUAAGGCAUACAUAUUCAUCCAGGAUUUUUUUGGAUCCAGAAGAUAUCAAAAUGUAAAUAUUUCACCAAUAUAUUGAAAACACCCAAACUAAUACACUGUUUAAAUAUAUAAAUAUAUAUAUAUAAAUUCAAAAAUUUAUGGAGAAUUUUACUAUAUAAUGUUACUGUUAUACUGUUUUAUUACCUAUUUUCUAUGUUCUAUUCUACUGUUCACCCCCGCCGCCACCAUUUUAUUUCUCUGACCUGCCUAGAUGUGGCCUCUGUACAAAAGCAUGUGGUUGUACGUGUUGUUGGAGAGGACAAUGUACAAAACAACUCGGUGCUAGGGCUGUAGAGGAUAACUAGAGUCGUACUUGUUAGAUGUCCUUAGCUAGGGGGGUGGGAUGGACAAAGGAGAGAGUUCUGGGGGGAAACAGCAAACCUGCAAGCACUGAAAGUACAGGUGCUCAGUGCAGGUGCCCAAGUUGCAUUUAAAAUAUUAAUUGUUCUGCAUCUGUUUUCCCAUAAUGGUAACCAGAUUAAUUGUCCUUGGUUUUAUAUGAACCAUUCACUAAAAUGAUUUGGCCAAGGAACUAAAUUUUCUGCAGCACGGCCUGCGGCAGAAUCUCUUCCCUGAAGACGUUCCAUUGAUUAGCAGAGACCAUGGUUCACUGUGACUAAGCAUUGUGCAGCCCUUGGCGGAGAGAGCCGGCGGCUCAGCGGGGUAAGGCAGUGCCACUGCAGCCGCUGUCCCCAUCCACAUUUACCGACGGUCCAGAAAAUAAAGGCGACAAAAUAUGUUUACAUGUUUAUUAUUUUUAAAUCCAGCAGCACAUCCUUACUUAUGCUGUGUCAGAUUUCCUCGUGUUGUUUCUGUGGGCUGGAUUUCAGACCCCUUGAAAGGCUGUUGGGAAAUCCCUCUUGGUUUCAUGCCGUUUUGAAGCAGAAGCCCAUGUAACGCAUUCUCCCGGCUAUGCCAUUUCUUCUUCCUGGCUGCUUCUGGAAUUGGAUUGCAAUCCUGUAUUAUAUUACAUCCAUUUUAACAGAAUAUUAUGUCAUGACCAAAGAAUUAUGACCUCCUGGUUUUAACGGGAGAAAGGGAUGGCUUAUACUGAUUAUGAGGGUGAAAUCUGUGCGGUGAAAUAUCUUCCAAAAGGAUCUGUUGAGGACGAGGGAAAAUUGUACUGCGGUGGAAUAGGGGGGGAGAAAAGAUCUAUGGCAUAUAUUUUGUAUAUUAAAAUUUCUAUCUAUGUGUCUGAAGUUUGGUAGUACAAAAUUCCCUCUUUAAAACAAUCAUUUUAAUGUUAUAUUCACCAAGAAGAAAAGGUGUGUUGUUUGAAACUUCUUGUUAUAUUGGCUUUUCUUUAAAAUUAUAUUGACAGCAUUGCCACAGCUGUAAUUGCUGAUCAAAAAAGACCAAAAAUAACAAAUUUUAGAAGGUUUUUGUAAUCUAUAUUGCUAAAGUUUGAGUUUCAGUAAUGUUUUAUCAGUAGUAGUUUCUUUUCAGCCUCUGAAAUAAAGUUUUUAAAUAUUUUAUAACUAAUUAACUAAUGUAUAUUUUGAUGUCCAAACUGAGAUUUCUGUAAAAGAUGAAGUGUGUGUUUAUAUGUGUGUAUGUAUAUUAGCAUUACUGUAUAUGUAUAUAUGCAUAUGUGUACACACAUAUACAUGUAUAUAUGCAUGUAUCUAUAUAUACCCAUAAUGUGUGCAUACGUAUAUCUGCAUAUGUUAAAUAUUGGUGUGUUAGGAAUAUACAAAGGCUGGAAUAGGUACAGAGUUGAAAUUCAGAUUUGAAGACCCCCUCACAGCCAAAAUGACAGAAGACAUGAAAAAACCCGGAGGCUGUCAGGGAAUCUUUGAACACCUUGCAUCUGAAAGACACCAUCUGUUUAUUCUGCUUAUUCUCUCUUUUUUAAAGAAAGAAAAUUGCAGAAGAAAAACUCCAGAAAUCUCGCAAAGUUCUGCUGGAAAGAAGAAGACUUGUUGGUCAUAAGAAAUCUGUUGAGAUAACAGGUUCAUUAUUCAGCAAGUGUUCGUGGUUUGUCUUCCUUGUAAUGUGGCAAGAGAAGAAUUUCCCAUAUCCAUGUGUGAAACACUUAGCUCAGCCCUUUCCCCCAGCUGCACAAAGUCACUGGUGACAGAACACAAGCAGGCGUUCAGUCAGCUCUGCCAGUCCUUGUCCUCACUGGUUUCCUCCUGGAGCUCCAGGAACGUUGCUGGCAGCGCAGACCCUGGGCACACCUGCCGGGGGAAGGCAGUGUCAGUGUGAACGAUUCUGUCCUUGCUGAUGUUUGUUCAUAUCGUGUCCUUUCCAUAUCGACAUGUAACAGGAAUAAUGAUCAGGGAAUUGAAGCGUUCUUGUCCUAGAGCAGACUUGCUUGUACACUUAGCCCGCUGCAAACUCCUUGUUUUGCUUUUAUUGCUCAACACUGUUUAUGUUGUCCUUCCUAAAUAACUGCCCAUGUGCUUCCAGACCUCCAUUGUAUCCCAUGGAAACAAUGGCUUUUUGUUUUAAAGUACAACAACAUGAAAAAGUAAAAUAUAACUUAGCACUUACCUUCAAA